GGUUUGAUAUGCACUCAUCGUCACCGACCUCCUCUUUAUCGCUGCCGCCGACGGAUUUUGUAUUUCUCGUCUCAGAAGCGAAGGGUUCAGGCCGGCGAUUAGAUUGAUGGCGACGCAGGUUGUUAUGGGGCUGUCCAAAAUCGCGCUUCUGCUAGGAGCAGGCUCGAUCUUGAUGCGAAACGGCAGGUUGUCUGAUAUCUUAUCAGAGCUUCAGGAUAUGGUCAAAGGUUUAGAAAAAUCUGCAGAAGAAGGAUCUGUCGAUUCAGAGCAUACUGAAGCACUUGCAUCACAGGUUCGUCGUUUGGCAAUGGAGAUGCGUCAGAUUGCCUCAGCACGUCCAAUAACUAUUCUCAAUGGAAAUUCUGGUGUAGCAGGAAAUAUGACAUCACUUGUGAUUCCAACUGUUGCACUUGGAGCAUUAGGCUAUGGCUUCAUGUGGUGGAAAGGUAUCUCCUUUUAUGAUUUUAUGUAUGUUACUAAGCGAAACAUGGAAACUGCUGUAGCAAGUAUGGCGAAGCAUCUAGAUCAAGUCUCUGCUGCCCUUGCACAAGCUAAGAAACAUCUGACCCAGCGAAUUGAGAAUUUGGAUGGGAAAAUGGAUGAGCAAAAGGGGAUAUCUGGAGAAAUAAAAAAUGAGGUAGUUGAAGUUCGCGGAAAAGUUGAUAAUAUUGGCUUUGAAUUGAAUAACCUGCAACAACUGCUUUGGGGUCUAAAUGGGAGGGUGAGUUCCAUUGAAGACAAGCAGAAUUUUGCCUGUGCUGGCGUUAUGUACCUCUGCCAGUUUGUAGAAGGAAAAGGUGGGAAAAUGCCAGAUCUCCUGAUGGAUGGCCUGGAUAGCGGUAGGAAACGACGCUUUUUGGGAGCUAGCGAGGCUAAACAAUUGAAGGGUUUGCAGGACAUUGUAGAGGCAUUUGAAACUGAAAAUUACGACACAUCUAAUAUUGACGAAAUCAUACAGAAUGAUACUAACUUACUGAACAACUUGAAGUCGAAGAGCUUGUCCCGGACUAUCUCGCUCAAGAUCUGAUGUGUAUACAAACUUCUGCACGUAUUAUACCAUGGGCAAUGACUGUUUUAUAUUGAUUGUACAUCGAUUUCUAUUCUUCUCCAGGACUAUCUCGAUCAAGACCUGAUGUGUAUACAAACAUCUGCAUGCGUUAUACCAUGGGCUUUUUCAUAGUGUGGUUUUAUUUUACAUGGGCCUGAGAAAUCAUCUCAGAAACUCGAUCAUUCAUUGCCCAUCCACUUUGUGGAGAGAGAGUUUUCUUAAUUGCUGUCAUCAUAUAUGUAAAUCUAUUUUUCUAGGUUCUUUUACUAUUUUCUUGAUUGUUCCAAUUGUGUAAUUGGGAUCUGGCUAGAAGCUUGUUUACUUUUCUCUUGAAUAAAAGUUUACUAUCAAGUAGUCAUUUCUCAA